AGGUAACGACAUAUCUUUGUAAUGACAUAGCACUUAUCUGCCGUCGAGACUACCUGUUAUCACCGAGGCUUGACCUCUCAGGCGAUGCUGAAGUCAAUUUCGAAUGGCCCCAUCCACGAGGGAUAGUCCUUCGUCCAAGCCUCUGUCGAGAUAUACCAAAUCGAGGGGCACAUGGAGGCUGAGAAUGCAUGAUACCAAAAGGAACUCGGCCCACCUCACCUACGCCUCCGGCUAUUCUGGGACGUCUCUCACAGCCAUCAGCGUCUCAACAAGCAAGCGUUCUGGAACCUUCAAUGUUGUAUGAGUUUAAAGCUCGAGGGGAAAUAUCAUCAUAGUCACGAUAUCGCCAAUUCAAGCUUCAUGCGUUGCCUGCAGCCGAGUGCCGAUUUCCGCAUCUUCCUUUACUCUUCACUUUGCAUUCCUGCAGCCCCAAGUCCGCAUCACGUUGAGAAGGAUUGUUGGGGUGGCUGACCUUCGCAAAAUGGGCCUCAUUGCGUAUGCGGCUCAGAGCACUCUCCGGGUCUUUGUGUUCCUGUCCGUACUUUCUGUAUUGACUCUGAUCGCAUUCUGUAUCCGACGCAUUUACUUCCACCCCCUCUCCGAAUACCCUGGCCCUCUACUUGCCAAGGUGACGGACCUCUAUGCCGCCUACCAUGCGUGGAAAGGUGACAUUCAUGUCGACAUGUGGCGGCAACAUCAACGAUAUGGGCCAUAUGUUCGCUAUGCACCAUCUCGACUCAACAUUGAGAACACUACCGCGUUGAAGGACAUAUACGUCGGCUCGAAAAAUUUCCAGAAAAGUCCCAACUAUCGAGUGCUCCGCCAUGGCGCGGCUAACAGCUUGACAAUGAUCAACAAAACUGAACACGCUCGCCGUCGUCGUAUCAUUUCCCUGGGCCUCUCCGAUGCCGCCGUGCGCUCGCACGAGCCGACCAUCAUGGCGCACAUCAAGAAAUGCUUCGAUUGCAUUUCUGACACCGACGAGCGUAGUCUAGGACUGGAGCCACCGAUGAGUCCAAUCAGCCCGACUUCUGGUCCACGAGAGCCCUGGACACCGCCACGGAACAUGUCCAACUGGUUCAACUGGCUGACAUUCGACAUUAUGGGCGAUGUGGUCUUCGGGGUCCGAUAUAAUCUGCUGGCAUCUGCUCGGCAUCGUCAAAUACCAGAGGCAAUUGAGCAAUCCAACGUCCGUGUCAGCGUCUUGUUGCAGAGCCCCAUCAUCCGCCAGAUUGGGCGGCUUGAUCGGUGGCUCUUUCCCAAGGCGAUCGGAGCUAGAAAUCAGUUUCUCACCUUCGUUGGAGGACUGGUGGACCAAUGCAUGAAGCCAGAAUGCACUCCGAUCGCGCGGACGGUGGUAUCCAUUCUUCGAUCAUCGCAUGAUCCGCUUACCGGAGACAAACUGACCGCAAAGGAGCUCUUGGCUGAGAGUACCACUCUUUGCGUGGCAGGUGCUGACACUUCAUCAACUGCGCUCGCAGCCAUCUUCUUCUAUCUGUCUCACACACCGCGCGCUUAUCAGAGACUGAAGAGGGAGGUCAGAGACGCUUUCGAGUCCGAGGAUGAGAUUCAAACUGGUCCCACCUUGAACAAACUGAGGUAUCUGCGCGCCUGUAUCGAUGAGGCUCUGCGCAUGUCACCACCGGCAGGCUCUUCAUUGUUCCGACAAGUGCAACCUGGUGGAGCGGUGGUUGAUGGCCAGUCAUUUCCGGCGGGUGUUGAGGUGGGCGUGCCGAUCUACGGCAUUCACCACAAUGCGGAGUACUUCCCUGCACCUUUCGAGUUUAGGCCCGAGCGAUGGCUGGAAGGGGAGUCGGGCAACACCGAGGAAUCUGUGCAACAGGCGCGGUCAGCUUUCUGCCCCUUCUCCAUGGGCACAAGAGGCUGCGUAGGCAAAGGUAUGGCCAUGGUGGAGCUCAGCCUUGCGGUGGCGUAUGCUGUCUUCAUGUUUGAUUUCCAGAUUGCCGACGGUGAUGAGACGUUGAAAGGGUGGGGUUUCAAGGGCGAGUUCCCGCUUGAGGACCAUAUCACCGGGUCCAAGCUGGGCCCCAUGCUGCGCUUCAAGCCACGCGACGUUUUGAACUCGCCGGUGCGUACACGACCGAAGAUGCAGCUGCCCAGAGUGGUUACGCAGCUGCAGCCUGGAUUCCGGCCGCGUUCUGCCAGCUCACCUGCCAUUGAUUUUUCGGCCAUGUGGAAGGAAAUGCAAUGAUGUGACAUGACUGGAGUUGGCGUGGGAUGUAUCAUAUUCGUGAGCAAAAAUAC